AUGGAUGAAGUUGAUGUGUUGACGCGUUUGCUUCGUAAGCUAAACGCAGCAAAUGUGAGUCCGGAAGAACGUCAGCGACUUCAGGCACAAAUUGAAGAAAUUAUGGGACAGGAGUCCGAUCCAUUUGAAACAAGUGGCGACGUAGAAGAUGAUGAAUAUUUUCCAGAUGAAGAUGACUUCAGUGAAGCUUCAGAUAUAGAACAGGAAAUCGAGUUAGAGGCUGUUCUGGAUGAAAACCAUGAUGAUAUUGAGGAUUUGUAUAGAGAAGCUAUCGCCCUUGAGGCUUCAACUACAAUGGAAUCAUGCAGCACAUCUAUUACCCAGGGCCUUAUAUACAGGUCGAAAGAUGGUAGAAUGUGGAAUUCAAAUCCUCCACCACCUGGAAGGCCUCGUUGUCACAAUGUUACAACUUUUACUCGUAAAGGGCCACUACGAGAAGCGUCACCGAGUCAUAAAGCUCUUUUCAAGCUAUUGCUGUCUCCUGAAAUCGUAAGUAUCAUUGUGCGGGAAACCAACAGAAAAGCCGUUGAAGCGUUUCGUCUAUGGAAUGAAAAGCAUCCCAGUAAUAAACAGCGUUCUUGGGUAAUGACUGACGAUGACGAAAUGUAUGCUUUUUUUGGGAUGCUACUUAUUGCUGGUGUAUUCCACUCGAAUUCUCAGCCAGCGAAAGAAUUGUGGGCCAGCUACAAUAUGCCAAUUUAUAAGGCCACUAUGUCAUUGAAUCGGUUCAAGAGCUUAACUACUUUUAUCCGUUUCGAUAACAGUGGUACUCGUGCUGAGAGGUUGAAGCAAAGCAAAACUGCUGCCCUGGACGAUGUAUGGCUCAUGCUGAUGGCCAAUUUAGAGAAAGCAUACACUCCGAAAUGUCAUGUAACCGUCGAUCAACAGUUAUUUCCAUAUCGUGGGCGCACUCGAUUCACCCAAUAUAUUCCGAGUAAGCCGGCAAAAUAUGGCAUGAAAGUGUGGUGGAUUUGUGACUCUGUUUCAAACUACCCUUUGAAAGGUAUAAUUUAUACUGGAAAACCUCCAGGUGGCCAGCGAGAAACGAAUCAAGGUGAAAUUGAUGCAAAAUUAUAUGGACAGCGGUAG